AUGUACGCCUGUGCAAAGUUCGUCUCUGCCCCCUUCUUGGUCAGGAGCACCUCUCAGCUGUCGAGCCUAUCACUGUCUGCAGUGGCACUAAAACCACCAGAGACACUGACAGAUGAGAGCCUCAACAGCUGGGCAGCCCCACGUCCCCUGACCUCACUUAUUCCUAGCCACAGUUUCCAAACUAGCGCUGUUUCAAAGCACAUCGACACAGCAGCCAAGUUCAUUGGGGCUGGGGCUGCCACAGUUGGGGUGGCUGGUUCUGGGGCUGGAAUUGGGACUGUGUUUGGGAGCCUCAUCAUUGGUUAUGCCAGUUCUGAAGGCUGA